CUUCACCCAUGCGUUUCUAGCACAGGAGAGUUCAAGGUUGAUACCCUUGCGCACCGCGCGAAACCCGGAUAUAAGACGUCAGCAUUGAGAAGCAGAACUUGGUGCCUGCUAUUGCUCCGCCAUUUCUCUCUUUGAAAGGGAUACCUCCCCGUUCUCGGACUGCCAAUUGCUGAGAUUAAAUCCCAGUCAUUCACGAACUAUGUCCCCCAGCACUUUCCCUCCCCCGAAUGGGAUGAAGUCCUUCUGGCGGGCAAAUCCGGGGACAUUGGACAACCAUCGGUCAACAGCACAACUGCCGGAGGAAUGUGAUAUUGUGGUGGUGGGAGCUGGAUACUCAGCGGCUGCGCUUGUUACGCAUAUUAUCGCGCAAGCAAAAGGAAAUUUGCCGUCGAUUCUCGUCUUGGAAGCGAGGCAGCUGUGUUCUGGUGCCACAGGGCGAAAUGGCGGACAUCUAAAACCAGACUCGUAUUAUUCCAUCUCGAGAUUGGCAACCGAGUACGGGAUUGAUGCGGCUGCAGAGGUAGCUAAUUUUGAGUCGGCCAACGUCGACGCAGUGACCGAGUUCAUUAGAGAGAACAAAGUGGACUGUGACUUCAUCCUCACGCGGGCCACCGAUGUCCAGUUCUCUGUUGAGCAUCAAGAGAAAGUGAGGGCUGGUUACGAAAGACUGCUGGCUGCUGGUGUCAAGGCGACGAACGGAGCGUAUUGUGCAGAGGACAGAUAUGCCGAGAAGCUCUCUGGCGUCAAAGGAGCAAAAGGCUGCUUCAGCUAUACUGCAGGCCACCUUUGGCCAUAUAAGCUCAUACACCACAUGUUCUCAAAAGCGAUUGAACAAGGCGUUAACCUCCAGACGAACACACCUGUUCAAAGUGUGUCAUCGGGUCCCGAUGCAACAGGCCGAUGGAUCCUCAAAACUAGCCGAGGGGUAGUAAAGGCCAAGCAAGUCGUGAUGGCAACCAACGCAUACACAUCAGCCCUCCUACCCGAGUAUACCAACAAGAUUAUACCUUACCGAGCCGUGUGCAGUCACAUUGUCACUCCGGGCAAAGCGCCCCUGUUGACAAAUUCCUAUGCACUGAGAUUCGCUGAGUGGGACUUUGACUACUUGAUUCCUCGCCCAGACGGGAGCAUUAUUGUGGGCGGUGCUCGCAGGGCUUACAUUGGACAUCAGGAAGAUUGGUAUGGGAAUGUUGACGACACCAAGUUAAUCGAGCGUGCUCGACACUACUUUGAUGGCUACAUGCAGAGACAUUUCAGCGGGUGGGAGAAUAGCGGCGCCUAUGUUGAUGACAUUUGGACAGGAAUCAUGGGCUACUCGUCCGACCGUCUGCCCCGCGUCGGCCCAAUUCCGAGCCGCCCAGGCAUGUUCAUCAUGGGUGGCUUUACAGGCCAUGGCAUGCCCCAAGUCUUCCUUUGCGCCCAAGGAGUGACCGAUAUGGUUCUAGAGGGUAAGCAGUAUAGCGAAACUGGCUUACCGCGUCUAUUCGAAGAGUCAUCAAAGCGACUUCAAGACCCAAGGAACCGAGUGAUGGAGUUUUAUGAGUCUCUGCCGUUGAGCGCAAAGCUGUGACGUAUUGGGAUGUCACAACCUCUUAAAGGAGGGCGAAACGGAAACAAUUAUAAUGCCACCAGACGAAAUUACGCAGACGCGAGUCUAAGUCACGAGUUGGUGAAUCCGAUGGGGGGUAUACGAGUUGAACAGACCACAUUCAUGCUUCGUUUGGCGAUUGUGUCGGAGAUGUAAUUGGAGACAUAGAGUAAAGAGAACAAGUGCUUGAGUUGAAAAUCCAACAUAAAGCAAGACCAUAAACUGAAAUAGGUCACCAUCACUG